AUGCCCACCUGCAGACGCAAGCGCGUCCUGCUCACCGAACCAUCUCCAGAGCUUCUCGCCAUUCUCAAGUCCGACCCUAACAAGGAUGUCUAUUAUCUAGCCCAGACCGGCGAGAUCUUCGAGUCUUAUGACUCUUCUUCACAUCCCAGAGCGUAUGCCGCGCGGAUGUCUUUCUAUAGGCUUAAACAGUUUCAAUGCGAGGUCACUGGGAAGAGUGGCUUGGACUACUUCCAGGCGGUCGAAAGCGAACGGCAUGAGGCACGGACGAUGCACUCCAGGUUUCCUGAUCCUCUCAAGGCCGCAGUCCUGAAAGCGGUACAGUGGCAGGUUAUGGGUCGUCUUGAUCAUUUAGUCGAAGCAAUAUAUGAACGCUUCAAGGACCGCUACUAUCCGGAUGAAAGAGUACUGGUCGACUUAGAAGGCGAGAAGUAUCUGGCUCGUGUCCUUCAGGUCGUGCCCCCCGAUGUUCCAUCCAUCGCUUCAACUUCCAGGACAAGUCCACCUGCAUCAGGAUCUACGCCAUCUUCUUCAUUGUCCGAUGACGAACGGUCCAUCCACAAGAUUGCUGAAGAUUUAAAGACGUCAGUGAAGGAUUCAAUCGCCAAAGAUGAUCCGGCCAAGUAUGUCUAUCAGGUCCAGGUGCUUGACGAGGAGCAGCAACCCGGGGCGGGAAGACACGAGAAAAACAAGAGCAAGGAUACAGCGAAGUGGUGUGGUAUCCUUCUAGAUGUGCGCUGUUCUGUCAUCGGUCGCGAUCGUUUGACCUUCUCUAAAUCCAUCCUUCGACGCUUCAUUCGCGACUGUGUAGAUCGUGCACCCGCGGUUGCAUCUCCGUGGACAGUGAAGCCUACCAUCGCAGAGCGAUAUGGUGUGAAUACCGUUAUGCCCGAGGAGACCAGGAAAGGUGUGGAGAAUAUCAAAAAGGGCGAGAUAGACAAGCGCAAGAAGGUUUGGGAGGACAAGGAGGGUCCUCCAACCAAGAAGCAGAAGAAGAUGACUGCAGCAUCCGAAGAGAAGGCUAAAGCUCUCGCCGCUGCAACCGAAAAGCGAGAGCGAGAAGCGCGCGAGAAAGCCGAUAAGGUGCAGAAGGCAAAGGAGGAGAAUGAUCGUCUUGCAGCAGAGAAAAAGAAGAAGAAACCAAUCAGGUAUCCAACUGAGGAUCUAGACGUUGUUAUUGGCGAUAAGGAGAAGAAGGCUGGGAUGAAAUUGAAAAGACCGAUACCAAGCUGCGGAGCUAUGCCUUUCGGUCGUGACACACCAUUGAAUGAUGCCUUCCUUAUGGCUUGGAACUUUCUGGUGGUGUAUGGGCAGCCGUUACAUUUAUCCCCGUUUACAAUGGACGACUUUGAGCAAGCUUUACGACACUCUGUUCUAGAUCCGCCCUGUGUUUUAUUGGCCGAGAUUCAUGCUGCGCUCAUCUAUAACUUGCGCACCGUCCCUUUCAACAAGCAUAGUGCUGUGCUGUCCCUUGUACGAUCAAAAAAGGAUGUGAGGGGCGACAUAUCAUUUAGCGUGUCAUUAGAUCAACUCACUGGUGCUAUGGCCGAUGUUGGCAACAACUGGGAGCGCGCCCCACUCCGCCACUCUGAGGGCCGAGACGGCUGGGAGGAGUCUCUUGUUGGGUGUUUGAAAGAUCACGCGAAUUUAGGCAAUUUCCCUAAAAUUCGUGAAAUAUUUACUCGACUCCUGUUCGCCCCGGAUUCGACUUCAGAAGCAUCACUAUCAGCUAGUGGUACACCGUUAUCAAGUCCGGAACCAAUUCCUCUUUCGAUCCCUACACAUCCAAGUAUUCGAUAUUAUUCCCUGUCACCUGCUGACAGAGUCACCAUAUUGGCAUUUUUGUGUAAUUUGGCAAUAUCCAGUAAGGCGAUUCACGCGCACAUGGAGUGGUCUGAGGAGCAGUUGACUGCUUUGCGGAAAGAGAAAAUAGAAGUGAAUAGGUCGAAGAAGCAGUGCAUGGAGGAGAUGAGUGUUCUGAACGGAGAUGCAAAACUCGACGGUGCAACCAAUAACGGAACGGACGUUGUGAUGCACGAAUCUAGCGAUCUUUCUGAGAUUCCUGGCUCAGAAGGGGAAGGGGAAUCGUCGUCAGCGGCUCGUCCUAAGGACACUCGGCGUACAGCGGCCAAAGAACGGGAGCUAGCGCGCGCAAAGCAAGCAUCGGCGAAGCAAGCGUUGGCGGAACAUCGGCGAUUGGAUGAAGAAGUCAAUAAGCUCGAGCGCCGGCUCGAGGGUAUUGAGCGAGAAUUCAGGAAGCUACUGGGGUCCGUUCGCGUGAAACCUCUGGGAAAGGACAGGUUUUAUAACCGCAUUUGGUGGUUUGAUGGUAUGGGCGCGGCGUCAUUGGUAGGGAGCGGUGGUACCGUACAAUACGGGACGGGGCGGAUUUUUAUACAGGGACCAAGUGAAUUCGACAUAGAGAUACUAGAUCGGAGAGAAGAGGAUGUCUCCGUACGGAGAAAGGAAGAAGAAGGCGGAGAAGGAAUGCUGGGCGUUGGCGAAUGGGCAGUUUUUGAUGAUCUAGAGGAGAUUGAUGAGUUCAUUGCUUGGUUAAACCCAAAAGGCGUUCGCGAGCUGGCUUUGAAGAAUGCCUUCACGAAGUGGUGGCCGCACAUUGCACCCGGCGUUCGGAAACGUACUGCAGACUUGGUUACAAAUACGAAAGUGUCGGAGGCAAGGCGCAGCACACGAAAACAUGCUGGCGCGGAUGUUUCGAGAGAGCCGUAUAUGCAGUGGACAAACCGCAAAGCGAUGAAUGCUUCAUGA